AUGCAGAAGAAAUCGAACCCUAGUGUCUCCGUUUACUGUUUCUCUCUGCUUCUAUUGAUUAAUUUAGUUGGAGCCAAAUCCAAUUUUGAUAUACAGAGUUUGAAGCGGAUAUUAGAAGAGAAGCUCAACACAGCGCCGUAUUAUUACUCUGAGGAGAUGGCGACAGAUGGAAACAAGUCGGAGAUCAUAGGGAGAGCUCCAGAGAAGCAUCCUCCGGAGUACUGGGAGCCCGACAAACAAAGCAUCCUGGCUCAUCUCUUUAAGGACCUCAUGAGGACCUCCAAACGUUCAUCGAGCCGCUACAAGAAGGGCGGCCUGAGGAGCUGCUUUGGCGUCCGGUUAGAGAGGAUCGGCUCUUUCAGCGGACUGGGAUGCUGA